GUAUAUUUUUUUUCCUUCACAGUUGAGCAUGCCUUUGAAGAACCGGAAGGGGAAGGUGGAGAAGCCCCGCCCACUGAAGAUCUGUACUUUGGGAGACCAGUCGAUGGAAAACGUCCUCUCAGACAUGGACUUGGUAGCCCAGUACCUGAACUCGGGCACCUAUGACCGCAGUGUCUACCCCACCAUUGCUGCCCUGUGUGAGAACCUCAAGAUGUUUGGACCGCAGCUCGAAAACGUGUACAAAGACCAACUCGACAAGUGCUACAUCUCUCUGCGGAAUGGGUGCAGGGAUGACAGGCUCAAUCUUGCCGCCAGAUACCGUCUCCUGGAGGUAAUUGAGCUGCGGGCCAUGCACUGGCAGCCCAAUGAGAAUCUCAUCAAUUAUUACAAGCAGAAACUGGUGCAGAUUGAGGCUGAGGAAGCCGCCUUGGAGGACCAACAGGGCGACCUCUCCGGCCAGACCACCCGAGCACCAUCAUGACCCCCACCAGCAC